AUGACUACAGCUACAAACGAUUGGAACAUUGACGACACAGCUCAUGACCUGCUCAAUGAAGCCAUUGCGAGCAAUUAUCGAUCACAGCGGCUCGACGAACCAUUGAGUCUCAGCAACGAAGAAUCGACUCCUAAGACAACGACGAAGCGCAAGUCUUCAAGAACGACCAAUGAAAGUUUAUCAUCAGCUUCGUCUGGAGAGAAAAGAGGGCUUGAUAAAACAGAUGAUGCUGAGAGCCGCAGCAAGUCAGCACCUAAACGAGCAGGACGUAAACCUUUGGAGAAGACACAACCAUCGGAUGCUCCACUUGAUCCCAAACAAAAACGCAAAGAGCAGAAUCGAGCAGCACAACGAGCCUUCCGAGAGCGUAAAGAGAGGCAUGUACAAGAGCUACAAGAUCGUAUUCGCGAGCUCGAAGAAGAGAAUGCAGCACAUGGCACCCUUGUUCAAGAGAAUGAGAAGCUCAAGGAGCAAAUCAAAAAGUUGAAAGAGGAGAACUACGCACUCAAAGGAACACCAUUCACAUUCGAAUAUCCGCCAAAGACAAUCUCACAUGAAGAAGAAUACCGCAGCAGUGGGAAUAGUAGCAGCAACAGCAGCUGUGGCAGCUUAAGUGUGGGAGGAGAGAAGAUGACCGGAAGCAGUAACAGCAGCAUCAACAGUGGGGAGUCACCUGCCCUUGCAUCUGAUACGAGCCCUGAAGUCGAAGAACAAACCCCACAAGAUUUGGGUGCCAGCGUCCAAUCUUUCAACAUUGAAGACAUCUUUUUCCCUUCCAGUAACCAUGACAUGAACUUUUUCAACCCUACGUCUUCAGCUGACAUGACAACCAAUGCAUCAAUCAAUGUACUUGAUAACAGCAAUCUCACCGAUCAUGCCGCCGCCGCUACUGUUACUCCCGCCACAACAACCACCACCACCGCCACAGCAACAGCAACAACAACAACCAACCUUCCUGAUACAACCAAAAAUGAUCUCGUAUUCACCGAUUAUCGUAUACCGCCAUCUUCAGACAACUUUCUUUUCCAAAACGAUUUACCGCCUUUAUUCGGUGAAGAAUUUGAUCUCUUUGGUCUCACAGCUCCUGCACCUUACACCAAUAAUGAGAUGGAUCCAAGCUUAUUCGCUAACCAGCAAUCCAUAUUACAACAAACUUCCAUUCUUCAACAACAGCAGCAGCAACAAUCACAGCAACCACAACACCACCAGCAGCAGGCAACAACACACCAACCAUGCGAUCUGGGACCGCUUGUGCAAACUUUACAACAAGACAAAUAUGGACAACCCAAGGCCACUGAGAUUGAUCAACGGCUUAAGGAUUAUUGCCCUGAUUUCGAUUUGGAGAACUUGUGUGUUCAGCUCAAAGAAAAGGCAAAGUGUACAGAGACGGUGCUCACGCCCAAAGAAAUGAGCAACAUCAUCACCUAUGUGGAACACAAGCAUCACGAGAAGCAAUCCCUAUAG